CCCGCCUGCCUCUGCUGCCCAUUGCUCACCGUGGAUCCAGGAGGGGGGCUCCUGCGGCAGCGGUGGCUACUGCUGCUGCUGGCGAUGAGGGAAGGCCUUCUGGAGGGCCCAGGGCGAUGCUGCCGGGAGGAGAGAGGCGGCAGAGAGUAGAGGCAACAUCCUUUGGAUCCCUGCUUUGAGACGCGAGGCCUGUGACUCUGGCGAGGGGCAGCCAUGAAGUUCAGGGCUGUGCCUGUCGGCAGUGACGGGGUCCGGCUCACAGCCAUGGAGAGCGCCCUGACGGCUCGCGACCGCGUGGGAGUCCAGGACUUUGUCCUGCUGGAGAACUUCACCAGCGAAGCGGCUUUCAUCGAGAAUCUGCGCAAGCGGUUCAAGGAGAACCUCAUCUACACGUACAUCGGCUCCGUCCUGGUCUCCGUCAAUCCCUACAAGGACCUGGAGAUCUACAGCAAGCAGCACAUGGAGCGCUACCGGGGCGUCAGCUUCUACGAGGUCUCUCCUCACCUCUACGCCAUUGCAGACAAUGCCUACCGCUCUCUGCGCACGGAGAGGAAGGACCAGUGCAUCCUCAUCUCGGGGGAAAGCGGGGCUGGCAAGACGGAAGCCACCAAGAAGGUGCUGCAGUACUACGCCGUCACCUGCCCAGCCAGCGAGCAGGUGGAGACCAUCAAGGACCGGCUCCUGCAGUCCAACCCAGUCCUGGAGGCGUUUGGAAACGCCAAGACCCUUCGCAACGACAACUCCAGCCGCUUUGGGAAAUACAUGGACGUCCAGUUCGAUUAUAAGGGGGCUCCCAUUGGGGGCCACAUCCUGAACUACCUCCUUGAGAAGUCACGGGUGGUGCACCAGAACCACGGCGAGAGGAACUUCCACAUCUUCUACCAGCUGCUGGAAGGGGGCGAGGAGGACCUGCUGCGGAGGCUGGGCCUGGAGAAGAGCCCUCACCAGUACCAGUACCUGGUGAAGGGCCAGUGUGCAAAAGUCAGCUCCAUCAACGACAAGAGCGACUGGAAGGGCGUGCGCAGGGCCCUGUCCGUCAUUAACUUCAGCGACAACGAAGUGGAGGACCUCCUGAGCAUUGUGGCCAGCGUCUUGCACUUGGGCAAUGUGCAGUUUGCUGCCGACGAAGAGGGCAGCGCACAAGUGACCACAGAGAACCAGAUCAAGUACCUGGCCAGGCUCCUGGGGGUUGAAGGGUCUUUGCUCCGAGAGGCUCUGACCCACAAGAAGAUCAUCGCCAAGGGGGAAGAGCUGGUCAGCCCCCUCAACCUGGAGCAGGCGGCUUACGCACGGGACGCCCUCGCCAAGGCCAUCUAUGGGCGCACCUUCUCGUGGCUCGUGGGCAAGAUCAACAAGUCUCUCGCCUACAAGGAGACGGAGCGCCUGGGCUGGAGAAGCAGCGCCUCCGUCCUGGGUCUGCUCGACAUCUACGGCUUCGAGGUUUUCCAGCACAACAGCUUUGAGCAGUUCUGCAUCAAUUACUGCAACGAAAAGUUGCAGCAGCUCUUCAUCGAGCUCACGCUGAAGUCGGAGCAGGAGGAAUACGAGGCUGAGGGAAUUGCGUGGGAACCUGUCCAGUACUUCAACAACAAGAUCAUCUGUGACUUAGUGGAAGAGAAAUUCAAAGGCAUCAUUUCAGUCUUGGAUGAGGAGUGCCUGCGGCCUGGAGACGCCACCGACACGACCUUCCUGGUGAAACUGGAGGAGACAAUAAAGAACCACCCCCACUUCCUCACACACAAGCUGGCAGAUGCCAAGACCCGGAAGUCCUUGGGCCGAGAGGAGUUCCGCCUGCAGCACUACGCCGGGGACGUCACCUACAACGUGGCAGGUUUCCUGGACAAGAACAACGACCUCCUCUUCAGGAACCUCAAAGAGGCCAUGUGCAACUCAGAGAACCCCAUUGUCAACCAGUGCUUUGACCGGUCGGAGCUGACGGACAAGAAGAGGCCAGAGACAGCAGUGACACAGUUCAAGAACAGCCUCGCGAAGCUCAUGGAAAUCCUGAUGUCCAAGGACCCCUCCUACAUCCGCUGCAUCAAGCCCAACGACGCCAAGCAGGCGGGCCGUUUUGAUGAAGUUUUGAUCCGGCAUCAGGUGAAGUACUUGGGCUUGAUGGAGAACCUGAGAGUGCGUCGGGCUGGCUUUGCUUAUCGGCGAAAAUACGAAGUCUUCCUCCAGAGGUACAAGUCUCUGUGUCCCGACACGUGGCCCACCUGGGACGGGAGGCCCCACGACGGCGUGGCUGUGCUUGUGAAAUACCUUGGCUACAAGCAAGAGGAGUUCAAGAUGGGCAGGACAAAAAUAUUUAUUCGUUUCCCCAAGACUCUCUUUGCGACAGAAGACAGCCUGGAGAUCCGGAAGCAGAGUCUGGCCACAAAGCUCCAGGCAGGCUGGAGAGGCUACUACCGGCGGAAGAAGUUUCGGCAGAUGAAGCUGUCAGCCAUCACUAUCCAGUCCUGGUGGCGAGGGACACUGGGGCGGCGCAAGGCAGCCAAGAAGAAGCGGGCCGUGGAGACCGUCCGGCGGUUCAUCAAGGGGUUUAUUUACCGGAAUUAUGCUCGCUGCCCCGAGAACGAAUACUUCCUUGACUACAUCCGCUAUUCCUUCCUGAUGAACUUGAAGCGGAACCUGCCCCGGAAUGUUCUGGACAAGUCCUGGCCGGUGCCUCCGCCCUCCCUGAGAGAGGCAUCUCAGCUGCUGAGAGACCUCUGCAUGCAGAACAUGGUGUGGAGCUACUGCAAGAGAAUCAGCCCUGAGUGGAAGCUGCAGCUGGAGCAGAAAGUGGUGGCCAGCGAGAUCUUCAAGGGGAAGAAGGACAACUAUCCUCAGAGCGUCCCUCGCCUCUUCCUUAACACCCGCCUUGGUAGCGAAGAGAUUAAUGCCAAAAUCCUUCAAGUGCUGGGAAAUGAGACACUCAAGUAUGCCGUUCCCGUGACCAAGUACGACCGCAAAGGCUACAAGGCCAGACCCCGGCAGCUGCUGCUCACCCAGAAUGCAAUUCUGCUGGUUGAAGAGGCCAAGGUCAAGCAGCGGAUUGACUACGGCAACCUGUCAGGAAUGUCCGUCAGCAGCUUGAGUGACAGCCUCUUCGUUCUCCACGUGGUCCGGGAGGAUAACAAGCAGAAGGGAGACGUGGUGCUACAGAGUGAUUUUGUGAUUGAGACUCUGACCAAAAUUGCAAUCUGUGCCAACAAAGUAAACAGUGUGAAUAUCAACCAGGGCAGCAUAAAGUUCACUGUUGGGCAAGGCAAAGAGGGCAUCAUUGAUUUCACAUCGGGAUCCGAACUGCUGGUCGCCAAAGCCAAGAACGGCCAUCUUGCGGUUGUGGCUCCUCGUCUGAAUUCUCGAUGACAAAAGCUGCCCUUCCGCAAGGGACCUCUUCGUCGGACGACAUUCUGUAAUCCUGGCUGGACACUUUCCCUGCCAACUUUUUUGGGGGUGGGGGCUGCUUUGCAGACCUUCUUUCUAGCUACCAAAGACCUGCAGAUCCAAAGAAUUACCCUCUAAUUAUGUCCUUUGGUUUCCAUCGUACCAGGCAGGAACCUUUUGUCACAGCAGUGGUGGCUGCUCUGUCCCCUGGGCAUCGAACGGCUGUGUGCCACAUCAAGGCCAGACCCAGAACAGCAGCAGCAGCAGGGAGAGAACCUGUAGAGCUGCCGGCCAACUAAACGAAAUGCCAAAUUUUAUACUAAAAAUAUUUUAUGAAGAUGUUUUCUCCUAGAUUUUUUGAUGCUUUGUAUGAAAAUGUAAAAGCCAUAAUACAUGUGUGUAAUUCUGUUAGUAUGCCCUAGCUCAUUGUAUGGGAUGUUUGCACUUUGAAAACUAUUUUCUUAUUUUUAAUUGGAAGAGCUGUGAUAGCAAUCUAUAAUUAAUGCCCGUCUGCCUUGCCCUGACCUUCUCAUUUCCUCAGUUCAGUCUUGUGGCAUCUUGCAUCAAAAACGUGGGCUGCUUUUGCUGCAAGAGAGGACUGGCAUGCUUGCGCCUCUAUCCAUUUGUGCUGGGAGGGGCUUCUGGUCCUUCGUGGCUAUUUGCCUGGAAUAUCUCUCUGCCCCAGGCCUUAUUGCAGCCAGCUUAGUUGCGACAGUUGGCAACGAUGGCUUCCUUCCCCCACAUGCUACCUCUGGGGUUUCUCCCCCUGUAAGUUACUGCCCUCCCCGCUAUGAACUUUCAUCCCAUCUACCCCCAGCCUUUGCAGGGUAUUUUAUCAUGAAGUGACAAGCAUGGAAACAGAACCAGAGCUUUUUAAAUGCCUUUUCAAAUAAAGUGCAGUUUUAAGAAUGCAAAGGUGCUUAAUUUAGGCUCCAGUGGGAACCCCUGGGUUUGGAAGGAAAAGUAUUGGUUUUUUACCACCAUUAAGACACUAAACCAACCUUUUGGUUUUGGUAAGCUUUUUGUGAAACAGUUCCAUCUGGUGUCCAAAUAUCGUUUUAAAUCUGAAUGUUCAAAUUAUAUGAAAAGCCCUAUUCAUUGAGUCAGAAUUCUUUUCAUUUCUUAAUUGCCAUGUGGAGGCAUGAGUUGUCUUUUACAGGACCCACAAAAGUUUGAGCACUUCUUUAAUCCCAUAAAAGAAAAAAGGAGGAGCUAUGAUAUCUUUUGAAGGUAGUUACAAGUCAUCAGUAACAGCAGCUGCAGUGCUUUCAAGGACAAUUUACUCAAGAUAAAGGAAAAACUUCUUUAGUGUAAAAAUGUGAAUACGAGUCACUUUUGUGGUUGGACUGGACAAGCUUAAAGGCACUAUUUGAUUUUGCAUUACUGAUGGGCAAGAUGUAGAACUUGGUGUGCUUGUAUCCUUAGCAUCCUGCUGCUGCUGCUGACCUUCAGAAGCCCAAUUAGAUUUUCUUUUCCGACGGGAAUAAAUGUUGCACCAGGCCUGGAAUGCUGUCCAUGCUAUAGUGUAUAUAAGAUUUAAUGCACUAUUGCUAUAUAAAUGCCAAAUAAAUUUUUACUAAAAUCA